GAAAGAUCUCCCCUGACCAACGAUCUGUGGGAGGGACUCUUCCCCAAACGCAAGGGCUUCUUUCAGCACCCUACUAUUGCUGAUCACCGAUCGGCGUUUGCUGUGUAUCACCAGCUACACUGCCUGAACAGCAUCCGACAGGGCUACUGGGGCUUGUACGACAUGGCAGUAUCCGGGGGCCAGAACAACCUCACCAGUCACGACGAUGAUCUUCCCCACAUGCUCUCGCCGCACCACAUCCGUCAUUGCCUCGAACUACUCCGGUUGGCGUUAAUGUGCCAGCCUGACCUGAUUGUGGAGCUCAAGAACGAAACCCUGGGUGGAGUGACCGGAUUUGGGACCGAGCAUCAGUGCAAAAGCUGGGAGGAUCUGUCUCAAUGGAUGGCUCAGUGGGAGUCCUUUGGACUAUGA